AUGAGCGCCCCCCAGCCCGCCAUGCCAGAGCUGAGCCCAGCUGAGGAGGCUGGAGGCCUGGCAGGAAAGGCCAUGGUGGGUGCCCGGGAGAAGGGCCCUCUGGGCCAGCGGCUGCCCUCAAUCGUGGUGGAGCCCGGCGAGGGGGGUGCCGUGGCGAGCGGGGAGCUGCGUUGGCCUCCGGAGGGCGCCCAGAGGGGGUCCGCCCAGAGCCAGGCUGCUGCUGCUGAACCUGUCGGGAAUGCAUCGCCCACCAACACGGAGGCCCUUGUGCUUCUGCAACCUCCCCCACCGCGUCUGCCGGGAGCACCAGGGAAGGUUCCAGAUGACACUGGCAGCAAGUGUGCCAGCUCUGAGGACCAGUCCGCCUGCACCCAGUGA